AUGUUGAAUCAUAUAUGCACCAAAACAUUAAAAUUUAAAACUUCUUUAGCACGAAAAGUUCGACAUCAGCGGCCGAAUUGCAAGCUUGGCAUGCAAUUUGAAUGCUUGAAAAACGUUCCUGAGGAUCUAGUGUCAAGCUUGUUGGUAAGCGAUAGGACACCACACAUAAAUGUCACCGCGUGGGACGGAACAGUGUCGCUAUACGAUUAUAAUGCCAACGAACUCGUGGUUCGGAUGAAACAUACGGACCCGCUACUUUGUAGCGCAUGGCUUGAACAUGGUAGCAAGAAAUAUGCAGGCAGCGUUGCAGGAGAGGUCCUCGAAGUUGAUAUGGAGUCGGGGAAAUUUCAUUUGGUAUCCGACGCAGCUGAGUUGGGAAUCUCUGCUAUGCGCUGUUCAGAAAAUGAUGUAUUAGCUGGGUCUUGGGACGGUAGUCUACAAGCGCUUGACACGCGGUCUGGGAAAGCGUGGUUUACUGUAAGGCAUGAAAAUAGAAAGGUCCUAGCGCUUGAUUGCGCGGGAAACACCGUUGUGGUCGCUACGACCGGCGGAAAGGUUACUAUUUAUGAUCUGCGAAAUAUGCAUAAUCCAAAGUUGCAGGAAUCAGGGCUCAAAUUUCAAACACGCGAUAUUAAACUAAUGCCGUCGGGUGGCGGCUAUGUUCAGAGCUCCCUUGACGGCAGGGUCGCGGUAGAAUAUUUUGGGCAAGACUCUUCUCGAUUUGCUUUCAGAUGCCACCGCAUGAACUUGUCUGACACGCAGUUUGUAUUCCCCGUCAAUGCGCUUUGCUUCAACCGUAGCGACGAAUUGCUUUACACGGGAGGUUCGGAUGGGAGAGUGUUUUCAUGGAACCUGACGACACGCAAGAAGUCUGAAGAACUGCCAAAAUUUGAAGACAGUGUGCUGAAACUCGGCUGUAACGACGACGUAUUCUGCGUUGCAACAGGCGACGACUCUUUCAAGACACUGGCCACGAUUCAAGACGCCGAUGUCCAGCCAGGAAAAAUUUAUUAUACAAAAUUAUGA